AUGCCAGAAUUCCAGAAAAGUUCUGUUCACAUCAAGAGCCUUACAAGAGUAAAAGAAACUAUCUGUGGUCUUAUGAAAGGAGGAGCUGCUAAACUUCAGAUAAUAACAGACUUUGAUAUGACACUAAGUCGAUUUUCCUACACAGGGAAGAGAUGCCCAAUGUGUCCUAAUGUCAUUGAAAACUGUAAACUGGUUACAGAUGAAUAUUGUAAAAAGUUUUUGCAACUGAAGGAAAAAUACUGUGCUAUAGAAGUUGAUCCUGUUCUAACUUUAGAUGAAAGGUAUCCGUAUAUGGGCGAAUGGUAUACUAAGGCGCAUGGUUUGCUUAUUGAACAAGCGUUACCAAAAACUAAACUUAAAGAGAUUGUGGAAGAGUCUGUCCUUAUGCUCAAGGAAGGGUAUGAAGAUUUCUUCAGUAAGCUACAGCAACAGUGUCUCUUGUUCAUAUUUUCUGCUGGGAUUGGCAAUAUCCUAGUGGAGGUUAUCAAUCAAGCCGGUGUUUAUCAUCCAAAUAUCAAAGUAUUGUCUAAUUUCAUGGAUUUUUAUGAGAAUGGGGUGCUGAAAGGAUUUAAAGGAGAAUUAAUUCAUGCAUUUAACCUCUGA